UCACGAUGUGACUCCGCGCUGCUUAAUUCUGUCGGUGCCAAAUAAAGUGGGGGCCCCAGCGGAGUGCACCUCACUCUCCGGGAAACGCUUUCUCCUAACACAGAACGUGGGGCUGUAACGACCCCGGCUCAAAAGUUAGUGGACCGAGCCAGGGAAAGUCAAACCGCCGGCCCAGAUUAGUCCAGGUCAGGCCCAGGACUCGAACCCUGGACGCUGCUCCCACAUCCCGUCCCCGAGGCUGCACGAUAGGUGGGUCCCAGCGUGGGCUGGAGGAUGCGGCUCCGGGCGGAACUGGGACGCCUCGCAAUCCUUCGAUCCGUACUCCAGGUCUCCCGGUGUUCCGGGAGAGCCCAAAACGCGGAACGGCGGAUCACCGGAGCGGAAGAAAAAGCGCGCCCGACGGAUACGAGCAUGCGCAGUAACCCAGCCCAGCACGGCCGCGCGAGGCGCUGGGGGCGGGUCAUCCGAAGCUGACGCUCGCUACGUCGGCGUCAGCGCCCCGUAGGGAGGAGGGCGAAGACUCCAUCCGCCAUGUUGGAUGCCGCAGAUUCGCCAUAAGCUCGCCGGCUCUUUUCUUAAAAAAAUAAAAAUAAAAAGCGAAGCGUCAACGGGUCGCCCCGCCUUCUCGGUCGGCACGGGACGGGGCCCGGAAGAGCCCGAGGCUUUUUUUUCCUCUGCAGUGGGGGCGUUGCCAUGGAGACGCAGGAGGCAGAAAACACUGCCAUCUUCAUGUGUAAAUGUUGUAACCUCUUCUCACCGAGUCAGUCGGAACUCCUCUCCCACGUCUCUGAGAAGCACGCGGAAGAAGGGGUGAACGCGGAUGAGAUCAUCAUUCCCCUUCGACCUCUGAGCACCCCUGAGCCCACUAACCCCAGCAAAACGGGAGAUGAGUUUUUGGUAGUGAAGCGGAAAAGAGGCAGGCCGAAGGGGUCGACGAAGAAGCCCUGUGCUGAAGAGGAGCUGGCAGAGCACGUCAUGACUCCAGCUGAGAACAGUCCGCUGGCCUCAGAGGAAGGGAGCAGCCUAGCGCCAAGCAGCUUGGAGUGUAGCAAAUGCUGCCGAAAGUUCUCCAACACCCGCCAGCUGAGAAAGCACAUCUGCAUUAUAGUGCUGAAUCUGGGCGAGGAGGACGGAGACGCAGGUAAUGAGUCUGACAUUGAACUGGAAAAGAAGUACAAGGAAGAUGAUCGAGAAAAGGCCUCGAAAAGACCCCGAGCACAGAAAACAGAGAAGGUCCAGAAAAUCUCCUCAGGAAAGGAGGCUGGGCAGCUUUCUGGAGUGAAGAAGCCCAUUAUAAGCGUGGUUCUGACUGCACAUGAAGCUAUUCCAGGUGCUACCAAGAUUGUUCCAGUGGAAGCGGGGCCCCCAGAAGCAGAGGCAGCGAACCCAGAGACCACUGUGGCUGACCUGGCACAUCGCAGAGGGUACCAGGAGUAUGCCAUCCAGCAGACGCCAUAUGAGCAACCGAUGAAGUCAAGCAGGCUAGGUCCCACCCAGCUGAAAAUCUUCACCUGUGAAUACUGCAACAAGGUCUUCAAGUUCAAGCACUCGCUGCAGGCGCACCUGCGGAUCCACACCAAUGAGAAGCCCUACAAGUGUCCCCAGUGCAGCUACGCCAGUGCCAUCAAGGCCAACCUCAACGUGCACCUGCGCAAACACACGGGCGAGAAGUUCGCCUGCGAUGCCUGCUCCUUCACCUGCCUGAGCAAGGGCCACCUCAAGGUGCACAUUGAGCGGGUGCACAAGAAGAUCAAGCAGCACUGCCGCUUCUGCAAGAAGAAGUACUCGGAUGUCAAGAACCUCAUCAGGCACAUCAGGGACGCGCACGACCCGCAGGACCAGAAGGUCAAGGAGGCCUUGGACAAGCUCUGCCUGAUGACCAGGGAGGGCAAGCGGCAGCUGCUCUACGACUGCCACAUCUGUGAGCGCAAGUUCAAGAACGAGCUGGACCGCGACCGCCACAUGCUGGUGCACGGCGACCAGUGGCCCUUCGCCUGUGAGCUGUGUGGCCACGGCGCCACCAAGUACCAGGCGCUGGAGCUGCACAUUCGGAAGCACCCCUUUGUGUACGUCUGCGCCCUGUGCCUCAAGAAGUUCGUCAGCUCUGUCAGGCUGCGCGCCCACAUCAAAGAGGCACACGGGGCUGCCCAGGAGGCCGCGGUCUUCAACAGCUCGGUCAACCAGAGCUUCUGCCUGCUGGAGCCCGGGGGGGACAUCCACCAGGAAGCCUUGGGGGACCAGCUGCAGCUGGCAGAAGAGGAGCUUGUGUUCCAGGGGGUGAGUGCCCCCAAAGAGGCAGCCUGUCCUGCGGAUCCUCGGCCUGAGGAGGGCCAGAAGGAGCCGGAGGCCCCUGUGGAAAUCCCUGCCCCGGCCGAGCACUCAGCUACCCCUCCGGCCGAAGGUGCCACCCUGCCCCCCUGCGAGCUGGGAGCCACUGUGGUGUCAUCAGCCCUUUCUUCACCUGCAGUGGUUUCCAGUGACUUUCUCUUGAAAAAUGAUACCUCCUCCACUGCUGAGGCUCACACUGUGCCUGAAAAGACCGUGGACCCUCAGCAUGGAGACCCAACCCACACUCAGGACGAAGGGAUCGUACUACUGCUGUCUAAGGACAAAGGCACUAACCCGCACCGGGAGGCCCGGGAUGCAGAGAGCCCUCCGUGUGAACGGCAGGACCCUGCUGCCCUCCCACCCACCAGCCCAGACCCUAGCAGGUAUCUCAGGUCAGGCCCAGCUGAGGCCUCUGAACUUCUUCCUCCCGUGGCGGGUGGUGGGGACGUUGUCAUUCGCCAGCCCGACUCCUGCAAACCUGCCUCAGAGCCCCAAAGUGAUGUCACUCCCUUCAUGAAGAUCCUAAACAGUUUACAGAAGAAGCAAAUGAACACGGGCUUGUGUGAGAGGAUCCGGAAGGUGUACGGAGACCUGGAGUGUGAAUACUGUGGCAAACUUUUUUGGUACCAAGUGCAUUUUGACAUGCAUGUCCGCACCCACACCCGAGAACAUCUGUAUUAUUGCUCCCAGUGUCAUUAUUCUUCCAUCACCAAAAACUGCCUUAAACGCCACGUAAUUCAGAAACACAGUAACAUCUUGCUGAAGUGUCCCACUGACGGCUGUGACUACUCGACUCCAGAUAAAUAUAAGCUACAGGCACAUCUUAAAGUUCACACAGAGCUGGACAAAAGGAGUUAUUCUUGUCCUGUGUGUGAAAAGUCUUUUUCAGAAGAUCGAUUGAUAAAGUCACAUAUCAAGACCAACCAUCCCGAGGUCUCCAUGAGCACCAUUUCUGAGGUUCUCGGGAGGCGGGUGCAGCUGAAAGGGCUAAUUGGAAAGAGAGCCACAAAGUGUCCGUACUGCGAUUUCUAUUUCAUGAAGAAUGGCUCAGACCUACAGCGUCACAUCUGGGCUCAUGAAGGUGUGAAACCCUUCAAAUGUUCUUUGUGCGAGUAUGCAACUCGUAGCAAGAGUAACCUCAAGGCUCAUAUGAACCGUCACAGCACUGAGAAAACCCACCUAUGUGACAUGUGUGGCAAGAAAUUCAAAUCAAAAGGGACAUUGAAAAGUCACAAGCUCCUUCACACGGCUGAUGGGAAGCAGUUCAAGUGCACGGUGUGUGACUACACGGCGGCCCAGAAGCCACAGCUGCUGCGGCACAUGGAACAGCACGCCUCCUUCAAGCCUUUCCGCUGUGCCCAUUGCCAUUACUCCUGUAACAUUUCCGGUUCUCUGAAGCGGCACUACAACAGGAAGCACCCCAACGAGGAGUACACCAACGUGGGCACCGGCAAGCUGGCAGCCGAAGCACUGGUUCAGCAAGGUGGUAUGAAGUGUCCCGUUUGCAGCUUUGUAUAUGGCACCAAAUGGGAGUUCAACAGGCACUUGAAGAACAAACAUGGGCUGAAGCUGGUGGAAAAUGAAGGAGACCCCAAGUGGGAGCCUUCAACAGAAACUCCUGAGGAACCAUCCACCCAGUAUCUCCACAUCACAGAAGCCGAAGAGGACGUUCAGGGAACGCAGGCGGCCGUGGCCGCACUCCAGGAUCUGAGAUACAGCUCCGAGAGUGGUGACAGACUGGACCCCACAGCUGUGAACAUCCUCCAGCAGAUCAUUGAGCUGGGCACUGAGACCCACGACGCCACCGCUGUGGCCUCGGUGGUUGCCAUGGCACCAGGGACCGUGACUGUUGUGAAGCAGUAGGAAAAUUAUACCUGCACAGUGAGAGUGCUUCCAAGUCACUUAAACAUGAACUCUGGUGCCCCUGUUAGUAAGCAGGAACGUGCUUCCUUCUCCCCUGUGCGGGGAGCACCUUGGUGUUGGGGACUUUGUGUAACUCCAACCCAGGACGUCAGACAGAGUAAGUGCUCGAUCGGUGGUUAUUAAACCAAACUGCAGAUGCCGUGGGUUUCACGCUUCGAGUCCUCCAUUAAAUCCUGCAAAUCCGUAGCAGAGAAGAAAACCUAGCGUGCCUCAUCUUGAAGUGCAUGGCCCAUACUGGGGGCAAGUAUUUCUGAAAUGACCACUGAGUAGCAUGUUUCCAGAUCUUUUUAAAGAUCUCUGUUAUAUAUGCAUCAACCACAGGACCCAAAACUAGUUCUGGGUUCAAGGAUUCAGCUCAACCCUGCAGGCCCUCGAGGAGAUGGCAGCCCAGUCACCUGACCCCCAGAAGUCCUCCGCUGAGUGCCAGUACGCCACUUUAAUUCCCUGGGCAAGAGCCAGCAGACUAUUCCAUAAGAAUCACCAUUCAUGGCAGCCAGCAUUUCACUAGUAACUGUUAUUAGUAACACUGAUUGUCGGUGGAGCCAUGUCUCUGUCCCCGCCGGGGCAUCUCGCCUGCAGCCUAGGAGUUGGCUGCCAUGGCUCACAUGCUGGAGGGUGGCCUACCCAUUCCCCUGUCCUGGUUCUCUGCAAGGCCCCCGGGAUUGCCACUGUUCUCUUCUGUUUAUUGUUUUUCCUUGAAGUGCUAGAUCCUCCAAGCUGUCGUGUGGUGCCUUGGUGGCAGAAGUGGCAGAGAACCCUGGGAAGGAGCAGUUAAGGCCACCUCAGACCUGCAGGCGCCUGCCUUCCCCCACACAGACCCCUGCCUGGCAUGGUGCAUGGUUGUGCUCCCAUAACCUUGUUCAAAAUCCACCAUGCUCUUCCCACGUUUUUACUGCUGAUUGAAAAAAAAAGAUGAAUUCCAGCUUUGCCAAAAUCAACCUACCUGCUCCCCCGACCUCUGUUGUCUUUGGCUUGGCCGCCAUGGUGGUUGGCGCUGGAGGGUGAAGUUGAGGAAGUGUGAGUUGGGCAGAGAGGACCAGGCAGAGCCCCUUUAUGGGCUCAGCAUGCAGUGCUGCAUCUGAGAGGAAAUUUCAAUGGCAGUUCUCACUGGAAGACAUAUGCUGGUUGCCAGCCAACACUGGAAUUACUGUUAGGUAUUUGCGGUGCGUUAUUUUUGCAAGGGAAUGCAGUCCACAUCUGUGGUGACCAUGCACACCAGUGGCCUGCUUGCAAGGAAGUACGGCUCCAGCCUGUCCUGUGUUCAUUUAAGGUCCUUCUUAGCUGGUCCCCUGGAGCCGUUUCCCACUGCUAGUCUGUAAACGACAUUUGAUGGGUGCAGAAGGGACUUCUCAAGUGCAGCCUCUGGCCAGACAGAAGCUGCCUGCCCUGUGAUCUGCCUGAAAAAAAAAAAAGCCUGAAAGGGGAGCCUAAAUUGCUCUCCUUGCCUCUGGGGCGUAUGUUGAACUUUCAUAAGACUUGGAGUCCCUCAGUGGCAUAAACGUUUAAGUGCUUGGUUACUGACCUAAAGGUUGGUGGUUCACAUCCACCUAGAGGCAUCUCAGAAGAAAGACCUGGUGAUCUGCUUCUGAAAAGUCAGACCCUGAAAACUCUACGGAGCGUAGUUGUACCCUGACACCUGCGGGGCUGCCGUGAUAAGGAGAGUGAUACGGAGAGGACUCAUGUGAGUCGUCAGAAUCCGGUUUCAUUAUCUUUUCAAAGCAAUCACUGUAUUCUGUUAAUCUGAUUGUAUAAGUACAUUUCAGGAGACCGUGGAUGAAAAACCUGUUGGUGUGGGGUAAUCUUUAGCCCUUUUCAGAUGACAGUACAGAAGGUACUGGCCAUUGUCUAACAGUGUGUCUGAGUUGAGUUCUCUCCCCUUAUCCUAUCCAAGGAUUGAGUGAAGCCUUCCUUUUUAGCUAUCCCUUUAACCUCAGAUAACUGAGGAGUUAAUGGGAUAUCCCUUUUCUUGUUCCCAUAGAGUCCGACUCAUAGCGACCCUAGUUACAAUAGAACAAAACGCUGCCCGCUCCUGUGCCUUCUUCACAACUGUUGCUAUGUUUGAGCCCAUUGUUGCAGCCACUGUGUCAGUCCAUCUCGUAGAGGAUCUUCCUCUUUUUUGCUAACCCUCUACCUUACCAAGCAUGAUGCCCUUCUCCAGGGACUGGUCCCUCCUGAUAACAUGUCCAAAGUACAUGAGACAAGUCUUAUCAUCCCUGCUUCUAAGGAGCAUUCUGGCUGUACUUUCUUCCAAGACAGACUUGUUCAUUCUUCUGGUAAAAACCCAGAUUCUUCUGGUAGUCCAUGGUAUAUUCAAUAUUCUUCUCCAGCACCAUUUCCUAGGAGAUUAGUAGUGCCUUUAUAUUAAAAUUUACAAGGACUGAUAGUAACCGUGGCUUCUGUCCACUUUAACUGCUUGUGUUUGUUGUGACCACUCACUGUGCCACUGGAACGUCACUUGCGUUCCAUGCCUACUGACGCUAGAGUGUCAUUACAGUCAUGGUAGAUUCAUGCCUUUUGCAAGACCCAUGCAAGGGAGUUACAUGUGUCCUUCAUAGACGAUCUCAGCCAGUUGCAUAUUGCAGGGACCCAGAACAUAAGCAUCCCCUGUGUCCCCAGAGCCCGCAGAAGAGGGAAUACUGGAUUCCCGGGUAUUCGAUUCAGACUCCUAAUAGAUGCUUACAAUCCAGGCUUGACUUUUAUCUUUUAAUUCCCAGUCGUUUUGAUCUCUGUAAAACACUGAAGCCUAACUGAUUCCCUUCUUUGCUUCUCCCUUUUAUCAGAACCCUGACAGUGACACCCAAUUUUCAGCUGCAUGUUUGCUUGGUAAGCUUUGGCACCUGCCUAGAGAACUUUGUGGUGCAGUUGAUUUGAUCCCGGGGCUCUGCCAACUUUAAUUAUAUCAAUCCCCUAACUAGACAUACAGGUAGCCUUUCAAAAAUAUUUUCAUACGUCACAUCCCUUCUAGAACAUUCAAUCUGCUGUCACUGGACAGUGGCCUUCAGCACGCAGACCAGGAGUCAGAAAAUUCAUUCAGGGUCUUGGCAGUGGGCCCUCUCCCUUGUCACUUAAUGCCAGCCCUUGCCUUUGUCAGCCUUCCUUAGUUCUCCCUUGUCAUUGGAAUUUUUCUUUUUCUUUGUCUUAAGUAAAACUUGUUUCAGAGAUUUCUGCUUCUGGUGCGAUUUCUGGGGGCUGAUGUACCAAAUGGCAUCUGUUUCACAGCCCUUUAUUUCCUGCUGAGUCUUCUUAUUCCACAGUAAAAAGUAGCUAUGGCAAAUUCCAUUUCUUUGUGAAAUUUUUAGAGUAAAAAUAACUCCUGCGAGUAGCUGUGGCCACAUGGGAAAUGGUUUGAAAAAACAGAGAAUAAAGGUCUUUCUCUGUGCUGUUCUGGUGCUUUUUCCCACGUAAUACAUCUUUCACUCAUCUGAGGACGCCGGCCUAUUGAACUACGUGUCUCUCUUCCUUUUCCUAAGCCCUGAUUUUUUCUGCAGUCAUGCCUCAAGAAGCUGCAGCUUGGUUGGUGCUAUUUGUGGAACCCCAAUUUAUAUGAAUUUUAAUGCUGUCAUCUUUAUGACAGUUUGCUUGGGCGCCCACUUCCUGACCCAGGUGCUCUGCCAGGCCAGGCAGUCUUUUUUGCUUGCGUUCCCCUCUGCAGCACACCCUGAGAGGACGUCCUUGCUGUGUGAGAUCACUCAGUCUAUUUCAGGUCUGGGGCAAAGGACAGCACCAUUAUAGCCCUGAGAGGGGAAAACCAGAGCCAUGAUGCCCACCAACGGGAGGCGCCAUGCAGGCCUUCCUUGGUUUGUCCCCAUCCGGCGCAGCUUUGGGCUGCCCUUACUUUUCACUCCCCUGGUGCAGUAGCCUCCAUCCUGGCUGGAGAAGUCCUCCCACCGAGGACUCUGACUCUACAUUCCAUUGCUCCGGAGUCUUUCCUGUCUAGAAAAUGGCAAGCUCCGCACUGCAGGGCUCAGACUAAAACCCGAGCGCCAGGCUCACUGCUCGGUGUCUGUCACUCCACCUCUGACCUCUCAGCACUUUCUAUGCACUCUACCUUCUUCGCCAAGUAGCCCUGGUGGCGCAGUGGUUAAGUGCUCAGCUGCUAACCAAAGGGUUGGCAAUUCUAACCCACCCAGUGGUUCCAUGGGAGAAAGACCUGGCUAUCUGCUCCUGUAAAGAUUCCAAAACCCAUUGCCAUCGAGUCAAUUCUGACUCAUAGUGGCCUUAUAGGACGGAGUAGAACUUCUCCAUAGGGUUUCCAAGGCUGUAACCUUUACGGGGAGCCAUAGUGGUGCAGUGGUAAAGAGCUUGGCUGCCUCACCAAAAGGUCGGCAGUUUGAAUCCACUAGCCACUCCUUGGAAACCCUAUGGGGCAGUUCUACUCUGUCACAUGGAGUGACUAUGAGUUGGAAUCCAUGACGCCUAACAACUCUGCCUUCACCAUGUAGCUGGAAUAGCCCGUCUCCAUGGCUGCUGCCUUCAUCCUAGCCCUUGCUACUCACAGUGUGGUCCCCGGCCAACCAGGCCAGCAGGGCCAGCAGGGUCAGUGGGGCCAGUGGGGUCAGCGGGGUCAGUGGGACCAGCAUGGUCAAUGGGAUCAGCAGGGUCAGCAAGGCCAGUAGGGCCAGCAGAGUCAGCAGGGCCAACGGGAUCAGUGGGGUUAGCGGGGUCAGCAGGGCCAACAGGAUCAGCAGGGUCAGCAAGGUCAGCAGGACCAGCAGCGCCAGCAGGGUCGGCAGGGCCAGUGGGAUCAGCGGGGCCAGUGGGGUCAGCAGCAUCCUCACCAGGGAACCUGUUAGACACUCAGGAUCCCCAGCCAGGCCCUGAGCUCCCGAGUCAGACUUGUGUCUUCACAAGAUCUCCGGGUGCCUCGUGCACACCGGAGUUUGAGAGUGCUGCUCCCACUGUCUCAGCUGGCUUACAGCAGCUGCUCUUCACUGGUUGCCUUCCUUCCCCACUGCUGCUCUCAGGCCCAGUCUUCACACAGCAGACAGGGUGAUCUUUUAAAAAUGUAAAUCAGGCCACAGGGUCUGUGUUUAAAACCCUCCAGUAACCUAAAAAGAAACGUAGAAUGAAACCUCACCAUGGCGGAACCAUCGGCAGUGAGCGAGGCCAGAGCCUUUGAGGAUGGUGGCUCAGGGUGUGUUGUGACCUAGUGGGUGGAGGGAUUUUCUCCUGAGGAGCGUGCCAGGGAGAUGCUCUUACACGGCCAUGGAGGGGGCUUAGGGGAGAAGAACCGAGGAGGGCACUCCUGACCCUGAGAGGUGCCCGCCUGUGGGGUGGAUCACUGGCAGGUUACAUAACUCGUAGCCACUGAAAAGCUGUGGAGCGCAGCUCUGCUCUGACACACGUGGGGUUGCCAUGAGUCAGAGUCGACUUGAUGGCAACGGGUUUGUUUUUUCUGGUGUGGUCGUGAUGUAGUGCCCACAGUGCCUGGCACUGAAUAAAAUAGAAGGUCAGCCUAGAUGCACUCAAAGGUCAGCGAGAUAGAGUGUGAUAUGUGGUAAACUUGUCUCAAUAUCGCAGGUUAUCCAUAGGCAGUGAGAAGCCUCUGCCCUCCUCCUUCCCCUUCGCUAUCCACAUGCCCUGGUUCUGGUUCAGUUCCGUCUUGAAGUGUUUCCUGAGGUACGCAUUAGAAUACUUCAGUUCAAACCUUUGUUGAGCACCUACUAGAAGACUGGUGCUGUGUGGACCUGGUCUGAGGGGGUGUGCUGAGGGCAUGGGAGGGGCAUGUGAGGUGGAUGGAACAGCAGCCCAGCGAGGGGGAUGGGCCAGCGGGCAUCAGACAAGCCCUCCUGGAAGGGGUGGCACACGGGAACAAUCUAAAUCCAUGUGUUAAGCACCCAGCCUGGGGCAGGCGCCUGGCGCUUUAUUCCCCACUAAAAACCAGUUUGCAGUCGAGUCAGCUCCAGCUCAUGAUGACCCCAUGUGUGGCAGAGCUGAACUGUACUCCAUAGGGUUUUCAGUGGCUGAUUUCUUAGAAGUAGAUCGCCAGACCUUUCUUCCAAGGCACCUCUGGGUAGACUCAAACCUCCAGCCUUUCAGUUAGCAGCCAAGAGUGUUAACUGUUUGCACCACCCAGGGGCUCCGCUAUCUCUCUUAAUUCUCACGCACUGAGAAAUUGCAUUGCUUUCCCCAUUUCACUGCAGUUUAGAAGAAGGAUUCUUCGUUUCUCAGAUAAUUACCCAGAUCAGGUCAAACGGUGCUUAGAUCCCUGAGACAUACGAGGUAAGGUGCUCUAGCCACAUGUACCCUUUUUUUGCUGCCCGGGGUAUCUGUCUCAAACCCUCGGCUCCCUAAUGAGCUGGUUUGGCCAGUAUGGAAACCUUUUUAUCCUGAUCCUGUGUGUGACUAAGGAGCCGGUAGGAGGGACUAGCAUCCCUCCUCUGAGCAUCCAGGCCUCUCUUGCAGGGAAGAGAGUUGGCUCUUCCUGUUCUGCUGUCUGGGGAACACAGUGGACACGUUGUAUUGAAGGUGGCGUGACCCUAUGCAGAGUGGCUCUGUCUCCCCUGGUACAUGUAAGAAACGGGGUCACAGCAUUGUAGAGAACCAGGACAUACACAGAAGGGGACUGUCCGUGGCUGUUUUUAGCAAGUGACCUUUAUAGCUUGGGGUUUGGACUGCUUACGAGGUCUAUAUUUGCAGAAAGACAAAGCAUCUGCUGUCUUCUUAGAACCCAGAGAAAAAUAGCAGAGGAGGGGAGGCCUGCCAUCUUCCUCCAUGAAAGAUGUCUAACCUGACACUGGGAGGAAUCACGGCCUUCCUUACUUCCCAUGCAGUCCCUGCUUUUUAAAAGGCAUUAAAUCUUCAUUUGAUGUACAGAACAGUUUCUUCCCACCUAUGAAUAUUUUAUGAAUAUCUUUUGAUAGUUCCACAAGUUCUCAUACAUAAUAUCCCCCCUUUUUUAUCCUGGAUGUACAUACAUAUUUCUAGAAUUAGGAAUUUAUGAUGCCUUUUUUUUUCUUUGCAAACCAUAUUCAUUUACACCUCUUUUUUUUUU